UUCUUAUUGCUCGUCACUACUUAGUGGACACAUAGCUAGAUAGCAUCACAACUUACCUACUAUCGACUAUUUUUUGCAUAUUCUCCGCACCAAAACGAAACCGUUGCCACAAAUAUGUAUACUUUCACAGUUCGAUAUCAAUAUAAAGUAAAGUGUAAGUAUGAGUGUCUUUUAUAAAAAAAUGUGAGAAAAUUUUACUGCUAACUAGUAACUCUUGUCCUUUAUCCUAAAGUCCAAGUUAUACUGAAACCCACAAUUUAUUACUCCGUAUCUCCAUUUCUACCUUCCUUGGCUCUAUCCUUUUUUUAAAAAGUAGAGGCAGGACCAAGCUAAGAAAGAAUCUACUCUGGAAACAGCCGCGAGCUACUCCUCUGGCGCCGGGGAUGAACUUUCCGAUCACAUCUUCUUUCGAGGACUAUCAAGAUGAACAGAAGACUGCAUUUGAAUUUGGUCUUCUAGUUUUCAUUUACGUUACCGUCCUGGCGGUGUUGCUGAUGGUGAUAGCGCUAACGGUGAAGCUGCUGGGCUUCUGCGACGAGGGAGCGGCGGCGGAGGGGGGAACAGAGGCGGCGGAGAGGGGCCGGUUGCUGGAGAAAGAGGCGGGUCGGAUCAUGUACGGAGUGUUCGACGAAGACGAGGAGGAAGAGCCGGCGACGUACAGCCGGAGCAGUUCAGGUGAGGAUUUGUACGACGGGAAGGUGUGUGUGAUUUGCUACGACAAAAGACGGAGUUGGCUUUUCGUCCCAUGUGGUCACUGCGCCACCUGCUCUUCAUGUACCAAAAGAAAAAGUCCGAUUAAGUUGCACGAAAUCAAUGAUUAUCGAAGGGAAAGCAAAGACUUGCCCCUUUUGUCGCGGAUUUAUCCACACAGUGUCCAGAUAUCUCAACCGCCAUUGACUUAACCAAGAGCGAUUUUUGAGCAUCUGCUAAUUAGUCAAUCGUCCUAGCUGUUCCGUGGGGGCCGAAUUGAAGGUCAUGAUAUUUGAUGAUGUUUUAGAAACUCUAAUAGUGAAUUUAAGUUUUAAGGGCUCUAUACUAAUUAAAAAGGAUGACGAUUCCCCGAGGACUCCAACAUUGACCGAACAAUAAAAGUAUGAAACUAUGAUAAAGGUUGUUUUAGUU